UAUGCCGAAAGUAUUCCUCGGUAGGAAUGUGGCGAUGGAGUAGGAAUUGAGGUAAACAUGGAUUGUCGGGAAAGGAGGUAAGAUUCAUGUCAUGGUAGUGCGAGGGCAGGCUAUAUGCGAAAAAAGGAGUUAAGGACAGUGUGAUACCAUCAACGCACUGAUUCCUUAUCUGAUUCGUUUCUUAUUCGGCUGCCUUCUCGCCGAGUUGAAUAGUUGACGCGAUGCGGGAUGCGGACAAAGGAUUUGAUCGGGUUAUAACGGCGCGUGGCUGAGUCCUUCGGAUAGGACACCCGGUACACACCAGGUCGGCGGACGGGUAACAAUCCGAGCCAUGCAUGUCUUACAAUUCUCCAUUUCUACGUGCGAAACGGGGGAGAUAUUGGGAAAUACAGCAAGUACAUGUAAUCACUUGGACGAUGGACGAUGACGAGGUUAUGUAAAAGAGGGAGCGAUGCCCACUCUCUUUGAUAUCACUACAGUGCAGACUGGUAUUCGACUGAACGUUUUGUAAUUCCAGAACAUCCGAACAUAGAAGCCGUUCUACAACACUACCCACCGACAACUACACACCUCUUCUUCAACGUAUAGCCUCCUACUUUACAAUAGGCCGAACGCCAUUACUUCAGACAAACCACCAUGUCGCAAUUAAACGACUUCCUCGUCAGAAUCCCGGACAGGCCAGAUGUCCUAGCCACCCGCAUCAGCAACGUCCAGGCACACAUGGCGGGCCUAAAGGGUCUAGUUGAAUCAGGAACCAUCGUCAUGUCAGGACCAACUCUGGCAGAGCACCCCAAGACCGCCGACGCGGGCCUGGCCAUCAAUGGCAGCGCAUGGUUAGUACGCGCAAACACGGAGGCGGAUGUGCGCGCCAUAGUCGCAAACGAUAUUUACGCCAAGAUCGGUGUAUGGGACCUCGACAACGUUACCGUUACCCCGUUCAAGUGCGCUGUGAGGAAGCCUCUGUAAGUGCGGGCGU